UAAGUUGGGAGAGUUUUAAAGAGAGAAAAAAAAAACUGUUAGACGAAGCAUCGCGAUAUAGCAAUGAUCCUACUUUCGGUUAGUUCCUCUUCAUCAUCUCCCAUCGCCGCCGUCUUCUCCGUCGCGUUUCUUCUGAUCUACUUCUCUGAACCUACUCUUGCAGCUCCUUGCCCGAUCAAUGGGUUGCCAAUCGUGAGGAAUAUAAGUGAACUUCCUCAGGAUAACUAUGGAAGGCCAGGCCUUUCUCACAUGACUGUUGCUGGCUCUGUUUUGCACGGAAUGAAAGAGGUUGAGAUAUGGCUUCAAACGUUUGCUCCAGGUUCAGGGACACCGAUCCACAGGCACUCUUGUGAAGAGGUUUUCGUUGUCCUUAAAGGCAAUGGUACUCUGUAUCUCGCGGAAACACAUGGAAGUUUCCCUGGGAAACCAAUUGAGUUUCCAGUCUUUGCCAACGGUACUAUUCAUAUUCCCAUCAAUGAUGCUCAUCAGGUCAAGAACACUGGUCAAGAGGACCUGCAGGUGUUGGUUAUUAUAUCUCGGCCGCCCAUUAAAGUCUUUACCUACGAUGACUGGUUUAUGCCACACACUGCUGCGAGGUUGAAGUUCCCUUACUACUGGGAUGAGCAAUGCCUCCAAGAAUCACAGAAGGACGAGCUUUAAUAAAGUAAAUGAAUGUUCACUCUUUGAAACUCUCAGUCUUAUUGGUUUUGAAAAAUAUGUAACUGAGCAACAUCUUACAUACACUAUUAGUCUGUACUUUGUAGUCUUUUCAUAAACAAGUUAAUGCGAUCUAUAGUUUUAUUUGUCAA